UUCUUCCUCUAAUCACGCGGAUUACAGUCUGUUUUUCCAUUUCUCUCUCUACGAAAAUUAAUGGUAUAAAUCCAAAAGCAGAGAGAGAAAGAGAACGAGUAAGAAGAAGAAAGCAAAGCAUAACAUUUUCCAAACAAAAAUUGAUUUAAACUCUUCGGUCUCGAUCUUGAUCUGUAUCGGAAUUGGUAGAUCCAUCGGAAUCAAAUGGCUCCGGUGUCGGCUCUGGCGAAGUACAAGCUCGUAUUCUUGGGAGAUCAGUCCGUCGGUAAAACCAGUAUCAUCACCCGCUUCAUGUAUGACAAGUUCGACAACACUUACCAGGCUACUAUUGGUAUCGAUUUUCUGUCAAAGACAAUGUAUCUUGAAGACCGCACUGUUCGAUUGCAGCUCUGGGAUACUGCUGGGCAGGAAAGAUUUAGGAGUCUCAUUCCAAGCUAUAUCAGGGAUUCCUCUGUAGCAGUUAUUGUAUAUGAUGUUGCAAGCAGACAAUCAUUUCUAAAUACUGCCAAGUGGAUUGAGGAGGUUCGUACUGAGCGAGGGAGUGAUGUUAUCAUUGUACUCGUUGGAAACAAAACAGACCUUGUAGAGAAAAGGCAAGUUUCAAUAGAGGAAGGAGAAGCCAAAUCUCGUGAACUCAAUGUUAUGUUUAUUGAAACUAGUGCGAAGGCUGGUUUUAACAUCAAGGCGUUAUUCAGGAAGAUUGCAGCUGCCUUACCAGGGAUGGAAACACUCUCAUCAACGAAACAAGAGGAUAUGGUUGACGUCAAUCUCAUGUCUUCCAACGCAAAUACAUCGCAAUCACAACAACAGUCAGGCGGAUGUGCCUGUUGAUUUUUUACCCUGUUGAAUGCAAGCUGUAGUUUCUGUUGCACCAUUUCGAUCCUGUUGUUUGUAAAGUUAAGCCCCUGCUUCACCUUUUCUUUCUUUUCUUUUUUUUUAAUAGAACUUUGAUCGUUGGUAUAUUAUUGAUUGUCGAAAAGGUUUAGUAGGCCCUUGUUGGGCUAUAAUGAUUAGAAACUGAAAGCUAUUUGAGAUAAAGUUUUCACAUGAGAACUCUUCGCAUAAAGUGGUUUAUUUUACAAUAUCGUUUUUGUGGUUGA